UACUCACAAACGCAACGAUUACAAUACGUUAUAAAAAUAGCCCAUUCGGAGUAUUGCACCACAAGAAGAAAACACUGCCUGAAUACUAUAAAACAGAUCGCAUCAAGUGACAAUUCAGUUGAGUAACUGGCUGAGGCCUUGCCCGUGUUGUGAAUAGCCGUUAUGGUGCUAAAAUCGUCAAAACACGGAGUUUACUCCGGGAAUACUCUGCGGGCGUCCAACUCACUUUACAACCGACAGUACCGCGCUCACAGUUCAAUUGUGAGGCGAUAUAUCGGGGGAACGGAGAAGAAAAAACUCCAAAUUCAACAGUUGAUUGAAAACUUCGAUAUUCAAGAUUUCGAUGUUGAAUUCUCGCUCAACAAAAGAGAACGAUGGGUUUUACCUGAAGUCAUCAGAAUAUACAUCCAGUCCGGUGAGUCGCCUGAAGACACCACAAAAACAGAUUUAAUUUUGAGGCAUAAGUUGAAGCGACAAGCUAAUUGUGUUGCUUACUACUCAGAUAAAGGACAUAUAAAGCGGCUUGUUCCGAAAGUGGGACGAUAUUUUGAUGGUAAAACGGCAACAAAUUACAAAACGCGCCAAACGAAAGGGAAGAGAGGUAAGAAGACAGUGACCGACAUUAAUGAGACACUUCAACCCGAUAGUGAUGAAUCAACAGUCAGAUAUGAGAUAUUCUGCCCCUGUUCCCCGAGAAGCUCCAUUGUUCACAACCCGAAGUACAUCAAGCCAGAAGGCAGAGACAGUGCCAGCGCCACUGUGAAUGGAGGGAAGAAAAACAAGCGACGAUCUCGUCUAACUUCUCGAGAUGUGAACGAGAUGUUAGAUGACAGGAGCGAGGACUUUGACUUUCUGAGUGAAGACGAUUCCGAUACUGGAGACGUGAUUUCAAGCGGACACUUUACGUUUAGGGACUUUAUCAAACCUGAAAGGAAAACAAAAAGGAAGUCUCGCACUCGGCGACCGAGCCACGAAGACGACGACAGUGAGCGUAAGAGAAGUCGCAUUGUGUUUGUUGAUAAAGAUGUGUCGUCUGCUCGCUCCGUGACAGCAGGAGAUGAAACAUAUUCUCAAGGUGAGAAUUCCCCUUCAGUCAGCCUCAAAGACCCAACAAUUGUCAUUCCUGUAGCUGUAAAAGUUGAUUCAAAUGAGGCUGCUUUUGAUAACCUGCAAACUGUGUAUGGUCGGCGUUAUAUGGAGGCAAAGUGUGAACCUCGCAAGUUCAGUAUUGACAUGACUGACAGACUUAGAGAUCAUGUUAGAACGUCGACAUUCUUCAGGGACGUGACGUCAUCAUCGUUGGAUCUCCAUGGUUACCUUACAUUUACAGAGGUUGAAGGUCGGAACGAUGCCACCCUGAGUGUCUACCACGUUGCCUUGAACAUUGCUUCUCACAUGAACUCUAUGAAACUCGAGACGAUUAUGGAUAUGGAGACCUACACACUGGCACAGCUUGAGGACAGGUGCCUAUCUUACGUCGAUACUCUCCCAAGUGAUGUUUUCGUGAAGCGUGACGCCUUCAACGCCUGGGAGACGCCAUUCAUGACGUUUCAGCUUGUGACUGAGGGAAGGAGGUGGAACAUGAACUGUAUCCACCCGCACGAGUUCUCUGACAACGUCUGCAGUCUACAGGGAACCUACAGAGAUGCUGCAGAAAUUGGCAGUCCUCCCGACGUCUGCAGUAUCUGCUAUGAUGACAUAAGGGUUUCCACUGAAAGUACUGACACACCUUCCCCCGCAACUAGUCUUGACGCAUGUGGUCACUGGUUCUGUGAUAGUUGUUGGAGGCAACAUUUGGUCAGCAAACUGCGAUCUGGACCCUGUGCCUUGACGUGCCCUGAGUAUGGCUGCAGUGUAGAGGCAGACUUCCCCACGCUUCUUUCCUUCCUUCACAUCGGUGACGUCAAGAAACACAUCGAGAGACAGACGAGUGAGAAGAUCAACUGCUCCGCUCAGGCAAAGUGGUGUCCCAAACCUCAGUGUGGACGGGCCAUUCUGGCAGAAGGACUUCCUAUCAGAAACAGAAGUAUUCCCAUUGUGUGUUCCUGUGGCACAGAUCUCUGCUUUGCCUGCAUGAAGAACGCCCACUGGCCUGCUACAUGUGCCCAGGCCAAGCAGUUCCGCGAGAAGGUGAUUGCUCUGAAGGACUAUGUGACCCUUGCCAAGGAUGCCUUCCUUGAUCCCCUUCCUGAUGCUGUUGCUGUGAGUGGUAAGAGCUGCCCAAAGUGCAAGCGUUUCAUCGAGAAGAUAUCUGGAUGUCCAAACAUGUCCUGUCCUUGUGGGGCUACGUUUUGCUGGAUUUGUUCGAAGGCCACAAAGCCCUACGAACGUCAUGACUGCGUUGUUGAAGCGCAGAAAAACGUAUUAGUAGAGGAGUAUGUAUAUUACCCCAUGGGGUUCAAAAGAACGCGUUUCUACAGCACUGCAUUGAAGCACCGUCAACAACGACUGACAUGCAACAUGUUCAAACAUCUCUCCCGUACAGGAGCCCUAUCCAAACGCCUUGCUGCUGACGUAUUCUCCCACAAGAAACUAAGAAAUCAGAUCCGAGAUUAUUCUCAAGAUGACCAGCCAUUAUUUAGACUAGCUGAUAACUUCCUGAGGCGCAUGCUCAGUGUCAAACUCGAACUUCAUCACGUGAUCGAAAACGUUGCCAUAGCAAUUGAUAACAUGUUGCCAGGAAGUCAACCCAAUGGCCUCAUGCAAACCCUGACAAGAAUGGAGGCGUGUGCAGCAACCAUCGAAGCCACAUUAGAAACGGGACCGUCGCUCUCCAACUCCGUGUUGGUAGAUAAACUCUUGAUUUGUCAGAAGAAUGCCCGCUUCAAUAUCGCCCGUGUCGCACAGUUGAUGAAGUAAUCCAGUUGCAGAGUCCCUGUUUCAUCCUUAUAAAACUCUGGUUAACCCGAAGUCUUGUGGUAUCUAAGAGUGUGAAUAUUAAACUAUGAUCUCAAGCUA